AUGAAGCUCAAGUUGAUCAUCAAUGGAUCCGAAACGCCAGAGGACUAUAAACUUCUGAGAUCCACGAUUUCAACGGUGGCCGCACUGCGAAAAACCGCCGUUCUACGAUUCAGCAGUGAACGUCUAGUGGUUGUGUCAACACCAAGCUCUUCUGUCUCUAACAGCUCAAUUCUGCAUGGUGAUAAUGGCCAGCUGUGGUGCACGAUUCCGAAAGAUGUGUUUGCAACGUAUGAGGUCGUUAGCGCUCGUGAUCUGAAUACAAUCGCCAUGGAAUGCAGCUGCGAUGCGCUACAGAAUAUCUUUAAAAAAUACGACCGUAGCAUAAGUCAGGGAAACGACAGUAAUUUGAUCAUCAAGCUGCAAAGCAUGCCUGAGUGGAAUGUGAACGUCACGUCGAAUCUCGAUAGCAAGUCUGCAUCCAAGGUCAAUCCGGUGUGUGCGCUCGGCGUCACUUUUGAGGAAAUCAUCAAUGUCAAUCCUGAUGCAAACGUUGUUGCACGUAUGGGCGGACCGGCUAUGAAUAAUACCACCAAAACCAUCUCACAUUCGUUCAAAGUACCGGCUAAAUUACUUUUUCGGGCUCAGGACGCUAAAAUCCAAGAACCUAUGAUCAAUUACACGCAAUUGAUGAUGUAUAGACUUCCAGGCCCUCAAGGGGAGUGGGGUUCAGGGUUUUCGACUUUCCUAAGACGUGUUGAGCGUUACUCAACCGUUCACAAUAUCAAGCUCAGUGGUAAGAAAGUAUGGCAGCUCCACGACAGUCGAGAUGCCAGUGAUCAUGAACUGAAAAUUAUAGUCGAUGAGCUCGAUUGGUACCUUGAAAUUUGCUGGAACGGGCCAUUAGAAGCCAUGGUACAACCUCAAACUGAAGCAGAAGCCACCACAAUACCGGAGGAACCUGAAGUUGAUAGUGACAAAGGCAACAGCGAGGUUCAAGUAGAAGAAAGUCACAAUCAAAGUCUUUUCAUCGAAGAAAGCGCUUCCGUUGAUACGGCAAAUACAACGCCAGCAACGACUGAGGAAUUGCACAAGGGUGACAGCAGGUCUGCACCCGUGGAUGACGAACAAAGAGUAGUUCACGAAGUGAUGGUUCGCAGCAAAGACUGGAAGGUGUGUUCGAAACUUUACGAAGCAUUUGAGGAAGUCGUACUUGCCAUCUCCCAUGAUGAGUCGUGUGUCUUCCAUUGCACGCUUCCUCGUGGUAGCGUCGAAGACGAAGACGGCGAAAGACCGCGCGAGCACGGUCAAGUUAUAUACUACAUGGCAAGGGUUAAAAGGGUUCAGGCAGCUUAA